AUUUAUGUCAACGUGCUUGACUUUAAAUGUUCUAAAAUAAAAACAUCUAACUGCACCGAAUAUGAAUACGACUUAUUUUGGCAGCUGCCCUCUGUCGGUAUUUCGUAAUUCUCUUCAGGCAUUGAUUACGACAGCCAAGUUACCGGAAGUUUAAAGCUAAUGGACGAGGAAGCGAUAUUUGUGUAGGCUUUAGUUUUGUUUAGUAGUCUGGCAGUUUGUUGAAUCAUCACGAUGCCUUUGUUCUCCCAAAAUCCAUUUGACCAAGAUGUCGAGAAGUCGACCAAUGAGACCAACACGACGGACGACUGGGGCCUCAUCAUGGACAUCUGCGAUAAGAUCGGAACCACGGCCAACGGACCGAAGGACAGCCUGAGAUCCAUCAUGAAGAGAGUCAACCACAAAGUGCCUCACGUGGCCAUGCAGGCCGUCAAUCUGCUCGGCGCUUGUGUGUCAAACUGCGGCAAAAUAUUCCACCUGGAAAUCUGCUCGAGGGAGUUUUCCAGUGAAGUGCGCAGCGCGUUGAGCAAAGCCCACCCGAAGGUGUGUGAGAAGCUGAAGGCUCUGAUGGUGGAGUGGGCAGAAGACUUCCAGAAGGAUCCUCAGCUCAGCUUGAUCGGCGCCACCAUCAAGUCUCUGAAGGAGGAGGGCGUCGUCUUCCCCAGCGCGUCCUCGCAGGGAUCCUCCACAAAGUUGCCCCCCCCUGCUGUCGUCAAAGAGUCGGAGGAUGACAACCUGGCCAAAGCCAUCGAGCUGUCCUUGCAGGAGCAGAAGCAGCAGGUGGAGACGCGGCCCCUUGCCACGACCUCUGACCCCGGGGGGCAGGAGGCGCGGAAGGUGCGAGCGCUCUACGACUUCGAAGCAGCUGAGGAUAACGAGCUGACCUUCAAAGCCGGGGAGCUGAUCCUGGUUCUGGACGACAGCGAUCCCAACUGGUGGAAAAGAGAGAACCACCGAGUUCGGCUCUUCCCGUCCAAUUUCGUCAGCCACCUGCACGCCGAGCCGGAGACAGUGGCCUUCGCCGAGAAGACGCCCAGCCCCGAGGAGACGGUCCAGGAGGCCAGCGAGAAGCCCGAGCCCGUCUGCAUCGACGAGGGGACGAUGGACAGGACUCUGGCUUUGCUGCAGGACGCUGACCCCGCCCACCCGGCUCCCGACUCGGCGGAGCUGAUCCAGCUGGAGGGUGCGUGUGAGCAGAUGAACCCCAUGAUCGACGAGCGGCUGCAGGAGAUUGACAGGUAGCGCGCCGCUAUUCCUCCUCCUCCUCCUUUGCUACCGAGCGGUCCCGGGUCAUUUGAUGACCUUUGCCCCCCCCCCCCCCCCCAGUAGGCUGAACACUUUUCCUUUGAAUAUAAAGUGCACACUUUAUUAUUGUCCCCGUUACUAAACAACAUUUUCUGAUUGAUCUGCUGUAACUCAAAACUGUUUCCUCCUUACGGUGUCAUUUUUUUAAAGUCUGCAGCUUGCUUCAUUCUGUGUGUGUGUGUGUGUGUGUGUGUGUGUGUGUACUUGUUAUGUCUGCACACUUCGCCUGAUUUAUAUAUAUAUAUGAGACAUUAUACUUGUAUGAUUUACAUGGCUGUGUAAUUAUUCUUUCUUUCUUUCUUUCUUCUGCUUUACUGUUUUUUUUCCCAGCCAAAAUAAUCUUAAGUUCGGGACGUAAUUAUAAUUAAUAUUAUUAUGUAUACUAGAUGUAAGAUAGCCGGUUGCACCUUAGCUUUGUAAAGUCUUCUCUACCACUGAGGCCUUGUUUCUUCUGUAGGAAUCAAAGAGUCUGCUGCAUAUGUAUGAUUCUGUACAUUUCAAAUAUUCCAGGAAAAGCUCCUUUUAUCCAGGAUUUGAAAACACCAACAAUGCUUUUUUUAACAGAGCAAAUGUAUCAUAGUCUUUGAAAUAAAAAUAAAUGUACCUGUGUGGAGGA